AUGGACGACAACGCACCGCCCGCAGAGGUGGAAGAGCUGUACUCGUCCUGGGCACUCCUCAUCCUCACCGUCCUGCUGAUCGGAGCCAUGUGGACAUCCUACUACCUCCAAGUCCGCAAGAUCACUGCCAUCCACGAGACCGUCAUCUCCAUCAUGACCGGCAUGCUCGUUGGCUUCAUAAUUCGUAUGGCUCCCGGGAGGAUGGUCCAGGACAUGGUGACGUUCAAGCAUACCUAUUUUUUCAACCUGCUGUUGCCGCCCAUCAUUCUGAACUCUGGGUAUGAGAUGAAGCAGGCGAGGUUCUUUCGGAACCUGGGCAGUAUUCUGACGUUUGCGUUUGUGGGGACUUUUAUCUCUGCGCUCGUUGUUGGAAUCCUGGUGUACUUGCUAUCGCUGACAGGAUUAGAAUCGUUGCAAUUGAGCUUUCUGGACUCGAUGAUCUUUGGAUCAGUCCUGUCGGCCACAGAUCCAGUGACGAUCCUUGCUAUCUUUAACCAGCUCAAGGUCGACCCCAAGUUGUACUCGGUCAUCUUUGGAGAGAGUAUCCUAAACGACGCCGUCUCCAUCGUCAUGUUUGAGACGCUAAAGAAGUACAGGGGACAAGAAUUUCAUCUAGGAAACGUGUUGCACGGAGUGUCGACUUUCUUUUUUGUGUUCUGUGUCUCAUUAGCCAUCGGAUGCAUUAUCGGACUGAUUGCGGCAUUGGCACUCAAGAGGACCAACAUCCAUCUCUACCCUGGACUCGAGUCAUGUCUCAUCGCCCUCAUGGCAUAUGCCUCCUACUUUUUCUCCAACAGUAUUCAUCUCUCUGGAAUUGUAUCAUUGCUGUUCUGCGGUAUUACUCUGAAGCACUAUGCAUACGAGAGCAUGUCGAGUCGGUCCAAGAGGACGACAAAGUCUUUGUUCCAGGUUCUUGCGCAGCUGUCAGAGAACUUUAUCUUUAUCUACCUUGGGCUGACCCUCUUCACCGAGACAGAUCUGGACUACAAGCCGCUCUUCAUCAUGUUUACCUUUAUCUUCAUUUGCAUCUCGAGAUAUUCGGCCGUGUUCCCCUUGUCGUCUUUAAUCAACAUGGUCUCGGUCUAUGUCCUCAAGCGAUCCGACACCCUUUCUCGUCCUCAUCAGGUCAUGUUAUUCUGGGCAGGACUUCGUGGAGCGGUCGCCUUUGCGUUGGCCGCAGGAUUAGAUGGUGUGAAUGAGGCGGCUGCGUUAAAGACGACUAUCCUGGUUGUUGUUGUGCUAUCCGUCAUUAUCUUUGGAGGCACCACAGCCAGGAUGUUGGCGAUCUUGGGAGUCAAGAUUGGAUGUGUCGACUCUGAGGGGGAGAGCGAUGAGGAGGACGGAUACGAGGACUAUGACCGCGAGCGGGAGAUCUAUUUGUCUGAGGACAUCCACGGACGCGGAACGGAGAACCAGGCACUUUACCUCCAACCAUCGUACUCCAACUCAGAGCUGUCGCUCCAGUCGAGACCAUCGGAUGAUGACUAUGUCGGUGGAUCUGCAGGAUCAGGAGACUCAGGCGGUUCAGGCGGAUCGGGAUCGUCGAAUGGGUCAGCAGGGGGAAGAUACCGCGACAACACCAUUCUGCCACUUCCUGUUGCGUCCGCCAACCACCCAGACGACACGCAUUGGUUCUUAUCUUUCGACGAUCGGUACCUCAAGCCCAUCUUUUCGCGGUCGAGACAAUGGAACAGGAGCAGACGUCGCUUCUCAGGACCCACUUUGCAACAACAUCGGAGCCGGACGCGUCUUACAGUGGGGAGCCAUCGUGGGCCAUCUUCAGGAGUGACGACGGCAACAAGUCAGUUUGGAGGACGGCAUUCUAGAUUCGCGUCUCCGAAUGGAGGAGGAGGAGGAGGCGGCGGAGGCGGAGGAACAUUAGGAAGUUACUUGUCGAGGGAGGGCAGCAAUAGUAACCUGGCUGCGUAUAUCAACAACGGCAGCGGUAGUAGAAAGUCAUCGGGAGAGAUGGGGUCGAUGACUUUGGGUGAUGAGAUGGGCAUGAGCCAUGUCCGGCGGGAACUCGAUCGUCGGGCCAUGUCAACUUCGACAAGUGGUCUUCAAAACUCUUCCGGGAUUCAUGAGAUCUAA